AUGGCUGCGGCCACAACCGUAGCACCAGUCGAGUUCAAUCCAACGCGACAGGGUAAAUUCAAGGUCCUCAUCGGCGAUAGUCUAAAACCGGGCGCUGAAGACGGACAAUCGCCGAAUGUUUAUUCGAGCUUCAGAUACAACACGGCGCCGCCCUCCGGACCCUCGAAACUGUCACAAACCGACAGUGGUCAAUUCAACCUUCUAUACGAGGACGACAGAGAAACAUCCUACACCGGCGCCCAACGACCGGGCCGAAAGCUCGAAUGCAUCCUGGUGUACAACCCCAAGGACAAUACUUUCACCCUCGAACGCACCUCUUCCAUAUUCACCUUCAACCAGUCCCACCCUUUCUCCGAGGCACCAUCGAUACCUGCAGCAACCUACGAGGAUGAAGUAACAGCUGCAGUCGGAAAUAGCGAUGAUGAAGACGCCCAAUUGGCUGAUGCCGAAAACCCUUUCGAUGUCAGACACUUCACUAGUAGAGUGCUGCCGAACUCUGAUGAAGAUGAGGAUGAACGGGAGGAUCAGAAAGAAGAGGACACAGAUGUUGAAAUGGAGGACGUAGACCCUCAAGCUGCAGUCACCGAGCCCGAACAGGAACAGGAAACAGCGGUAACCCCUGGCCAGUCGGCUUCGACGCCUAUACCAGCUUCAUCUGCGACACCAACACCGAAUCCAUCCCUUGGAAUGAUAAAACGGAAAGCAAAGGCGGUCAACCCUUUCAUGAAACCCAACCGGAAACCGAAAGCGCCUGCGGCAUCCAACAACGGCAGGUCACCUCUUCUUCACCCGGACAUGGCAUCACAUGGCAAAGAAGCUUCGAUGUCACCUCAACCCCGCCUUCCCUCGCCAAUGCACGUCGACCGCAAACCUGCAGCAAGGAAAGGUCGAGUUCAACAGAAAGAAGAAUCAUCGGAAUCGGAUGCCGACUCCAGUGACGAAGAAGAUAAUCGCAGGAGGCCGCCACCACCGGUUAAUAAGCAUAUUCAAUCAGUCGCCAUGUCCCGAGAACCAUCGUUUUCAGGUUCCAUUCUUUCGAAUAACGCCCCAGAUGAACUUGAAUUCCCGGAUCCGAAGAGCGAGGACAAGGGCGAUGGGGAGGACGACGAUUUUGAUCUCGAUAAAGCUAUGGCUGAGGAAUUCGACUUUAUGGAGGAUGAUGAUGAAGGCGAAGGCGAAGGCGGCGGCGGCGGCGAACUUACUAUCGAAGGAGAGGAUGACAAUCGCUCAGGAAUCGGCUUGGGGAUUGGCAAUAUCAACAGUACGGCGGUCCCAGUAAGCUUGAGUAGUAUGAUGGGCGGCAGGAGAAGAGACGAGAGUGAGGAGGAGAGCAGUGAAGAAGAGUAG